AUCGGCUUGCACUUUGGAACGACGAAUAUUUGCAUUGCCACUCAUCAAGAAAAUCAAAUCAAAAUAAUUCCGAAUGAGUAUGGAUUUUUAACGAGCCCGAACAGAGUUUCAUUCCUUGGAGAGGAUGCUGAAGCUCCUCUGAUUGGAAAUUCAUCAAAAUUAAUAACAUUUCCACAGUGCACAGUAUUUGAUGUGAAAAAGAUUAUCGGAAGAAAGUUUAAUGAUGAACUCUUGCAAAAUAACAUCAAUUUUUAUCCAUUCCGAGUUGUGGAGGGUCCCAAUAAUGAUACAUAUUUGAAGGUGGAAAGUAGAAUGGACAUGUUUGCACCAGAGUUGGUUGCUUCAUUUGUAUUUGGAUAUGUGAAACAGUUGGUUUACAUGUUUUAUGGAAUGGAAGAAUGUGAAACUCCUCUCGAUAUUAUAAUAAUGCUUAGUGUUCCAAAUUAUUUCAAUGAUGAGCAGAAGGAAGCACUGAAGGAAUCAUGUGAAUUUAAUAAUUUAACAGUAUUGGAUAUUUGUAGAGAAUCUCAAUGUGCUUGCUAUGCCUAUGGAUUGGAGAAGAGUUUGAGAAAUGAAUAUGUAAUGACACUCAGUAUGGGUGGAACAUCAUUUUUGUUGAGUAUUGAAUUUAUUGAUAAGGAUGGAAAUGUGACAUUGAAGGAACAUGAUGGAGAUGUCUAUUUGGGAGGUGAUGAUUUUGAUAAUAGAAUUGUAAAGUACUGUUGUAACGAAUUUAUGGAAAAGUAUAAUUUAGACAUUAGAGAAAACCCAAUGAGACUGAGAUUUUUGAAAAGUGAAUGUGAAAAAGCCAAGAUUAAAUUAUCUACAGAAAAUGAGGCAAUCAUAACAGUGAAAGGAAAUGAUCAACAAAUUUACGAAUUGAAAUUGAAUAGAUCAAAAUUUGAAGAGCUCAGUAUGGAUCUCUUUGAAUCUUGUAUUAAAUCAAUGGAAGGAUUAAUGGAACAGGCAAAAAUUACCAAAUCAGAUAUUAGAAAUAUUGUGCUGUUGGGAGGAUCAUUCUCAAUACCCAAGUUGCAAGAAUUAUUGAGAAAUUACUUUGCAGAAAAUUGUGAAUUGAAUUCACAUUUUAUUCUAAACUCAAUCCCUCCAGAACACGUUAUUGCAUAUGGUUCUGCUCUGAGUGGAUCAGAGAGAGACCUUUCCACACUCUCCAAAAAAGAAGCCUCAGUAGAUAUCAAUCCAGUCUCUGUUGGAAUUGAAAUAUUUGGUUGUGUGAUGAAGUCAAUUAUCGAGAGAAAUGCAUUCAUUCCAUGUAAGAAGAGAGUUUCCAUUGCAGUAUGUGCUGAAAAACAAAAGAAAAUACUUAUCAAUAUUCUGGAAGGAGAACGACUCAUUUCCAAACAUGACAAAUCAGUUGGUUCAAUUGAAAUUCCUAUUCAUAACGAAUCAUCCUUUGAAGUUGAAUUUGAAAUUGAUUUAACCUACACACUACAAGUCCAAGUCUAUGAGAAGGGAAACCCAAACACAUCUAUCAAAUCCCUCUCCAUUCCCAAUUACUUUUCCCAUCUCAAUCCAGAGGAAAUCUUUGAAAUGGUCAAGGAAUCCUCUCACACCAUCGAAACAGACAAG